AUGAGUUACCAUAUCACAGUGACGAUCCACCUGCUUACAAAGACGGACUUAAAACAAAGAGGUGUUUGAGUGAAAUAUUUCAAGUGAUAUUUGCCUAAUAUCAAAGUGAAAAUGGUGUCCGUGCAGACGAUAGCCACCAUUGUGGUGAAAGCAUUCAAAAUCGUUCUAAACAUCGUAAUUCUGGUGCUUUACCGCACGGGCUUCAAUGGCGAGUUCCUCGGAGUCGGAGGCACCUGGAACCUCAAUGAGGAGAAAAACCCUGAUGCUGAGAUCGUGGCUUCAGGUGUCAUUGUCGGGUAUCUGAUAUACACGCUCGUGCAGGUCGUCACGUAUCUCUUCGGUACCACGGAACAUAAGAGAGCAAUGUCGGAGAUCGUGAUGAACUUUGUGGGCGUGUUCCUGUGGAUCGCGGUGGGUGCAGUUGCGCUGCACUACUGGGGUGGCUACCAGGGCGAGCACCAGUUCCAGUUCGUCUUUGCGGAGAGACAGGUGGGCUUGGCAGUGGGUGCUUUAUGCGUCAUCCAGGGUGCGGUAUACCUGCUGGACACCGCUCUCUCCGUCAUUCACUUCACUAAGGAGAUCAUAUCCCCGUAUCGCCUGGAAGUGGAGUGCCUCUACUCGCAGAGUGUGGUGACCAUAUCGCCUGAGGAGGUACCGGACGCCCAAGAUUUUCUGCGACAAGUCGACUUGGAAGCCGCCACAAUUGCGCCUCUAACGGAUAACGUGUCGGAGUUCGGCGGCGGAGCGCGAGUGAUCUGGGCCAUGUCGGCGGGCGACAGAGAGGCGGAGGCCAACAAGAAGGGCGACGAGGGCGCAGCCCCUGACCGGGACAGCCGUGCCGCCGCCGCCCUUAAGCAGUACUGGUGUGUAGGGCUCCGGGCGCUUGAGCUGUGUCUGGCGGUGAUAGCCAUUGGUCUCAUCGUGGGCGCGCUGUACUCCCCGCAGGUCGUACAGUCCGACCAUCGACACAUCGCACUCAUCUACUCUGCCUACUCCAGUUUCAUCAUCAUCACUGGCGUGCUGAUCCUGGCGAGGUUGUUCGGUGAGACUGUCGGAUGGAGAACCUCCAUCGGUUUCUCUGUCCUCGGAGUCAUCAUGUUCACUGCCGCUGCUGCCGUCAUCUUCUAUGACUGGCACAGGUCCUACUACGCAAAUCUACGUCCAAACAAACAAGCUUACGAUCUCCUCGUCGCCUCAGGAGUAUUUGCCGUGCUCGAUGCGGCAGUAUUCCUCUUCCACGCAUUCUUCACUUUCAGGAAGGAGGCUGAAUAUUAAAAUACUUUUGCCUUUUAGUAAUCUAUUAAAAAUAAACUUCACUUUUUAAGCUGUCAAAUUUCCCGCGUUCUUAUUUUUUCAAAUUGUUUACAGAAAAUACACUAUAUUUUAAUGUUUUCAAAACAUUAUGUUCAGAGAAGUAUUAUUUAACUAAAGUAUUUGUUUGUUUGCUAGUUUAAGAUUAAUUAAUUAUAAUUAUAUAAUGCUGUCUUUUUAAGGUUCAUUAUUGUACAUAUUCGUGUCUUGCAUUGAGGUUGUCCUAACCGGUAGCUGUUGUUUCAAAUUUCGUACACUACAUGCAUUUAAAAUAUCUGAAGUUGUCCUCUGCAGCAGCUAAAUGCAAUAUAAUAAAAUAAAAACUAAUGCUAAAUAAAUUACUAUUAAAAAUAUUCGCAAAGCAGCUAUUUCAUUUCUUACUUGAAGAGUUCUCAUUAGACGAUCAAUAAAGAUUGACAAGUGCCUAAUAGGCCUUUUGUUUUAACUUUUUGUACAGUCUGUAGGUGCUCGUUAAUCUAUAUUGUUUUAUUUUAUUUAAUUUUUGUCUUAUAAAUAUCUUUUGGCCGAUGAAGUGCAAGUCUAAAGUGGUAGUAAAAGUAAGUCGUAGUUGAGUGUUUAGAAUUCGUCGUGGUUGUUCUAUCUUAGGAAAAUGGUUGUAUUGACUCUUAAGGAAAGUUGAUGACAGCAGUAGCAUAACGUAUCUAUUUGGACAUUUUUACUUAUAGGUACUUUGAAAUGUUUAGGUUUUUAUAUCGCUAUUAAGCAAAUAGCUAGUUUUAUAGUUUAUAAUCGAUUAUUUGUAAUUAUUACUGAAACAUUCCGCUAAGACCAAAUUUUUGUUAGUUGUGUAAGUGCUCGUCGUGUUUAUUACCUUUCAGUAUAUUCGACUUGGUUUUAUAGAACGAAGUGAGACCACCGUUACACGUUUGCGUCGAUUUAUAACAUUCAAAGAGUGUAAAAUUAUUUUAAUAUUUUUCAUUUUAAAAAUUACUAUCCCGUAGAACAAAACAUAUGAUGUUUUUUUACUUAUUUUUAUGUACCCUAUUUUGUAAUACGUAUAAUAUUAAGUUUUUUUGGAUUGUAUAAUUUUAAUUGUGUACUUUAUGUUAGAAAGGGAGAACCAAAGCAGUAAUCAGUAUCCGUCCAGUGGUAGAUAAGUUUUCUUUACUUCUCUAUAUCUUUAUUCUGUUCUUAUGACGGUCUUUACUUGCAGGGUGUUGAAAGAUUAACAUCAAUGAUUGAUAGAAACGAUCAUCAAAACGUAUUGAUCACAUGCAACAAGGCCGUUGAAAUCUAAAAUACUUAACCUUUAACAUGAUCUGAUUACUUAUUAAUAUUUCGUAAUUUUCACGUAACUUGUAUCAGUUAAGUUAUUGAUAAGUACAUGUAUACUUAUGUAUUAUGUAUACGUAUGUAAGUGGCAUUCGUUCUCACAUCAAUCGGGCUUACAAAAAUACCUAGGAUAUCUUUCAUCGUCGUUUAGUUAAGUUAUAUUGUUUAGUUAUUCAUAGUUGAGUUGUGAAUGUUCAUGGAAUCAUAAUAAUAUAUUAAAUAAAAUAAUAAAACGUAUAAUGCAUGUAUACAAUGUAGUCCGGCGCUAAUGUUACCUUAAUAUUCUGCUGUUAAAAAAAACAUAAAAGGUGCUCGCGUCAUACAAAAACUGGUAAUUUUCUCAAAAAAAUAAUUAAGUGAAGUUUUAUUUAUUGUACAUAAUUAAAUAAGUCGUGUAUCCGUUGUAAUUGUUUAAAAUAAAUAUAUAUUAUAUUAAUUCGCA